AUGUUGGGUUGUGAUGCUGUUGGCCCAAUUGAUCCAAUAAGCAAGAACAAUAAUCGGUAUUUGCUGGUAGCCAUUGAUUAUCUUACUAGAUGGCCAAUGGCGAAAGCAGUACCUGAUAUCACUGAAGAGACGACAAGUGCCUUUCUUUACGACAUCGUUAAGGAUUAUGGAGUUCCUUCAUACUUACUCACUGAUCGUGGAAGUAAUUUUACUUCCCGAUACACCAAGGCCUUCCUCAACAACCUGGAGUGCAGACAUCUUACAACCACGGCCUAUCGGCCACAAACAAACGGCAUGUGUGAGAGGUUAAACCAAACCUUGGUUCAAACUUUGGCGAAGAUCAUUCGUGACAAGGAUGCCGAAAAUCGUUGGGAUGAAUACGUUGGUGCAGCUCUUUUGGCUAUAAGGACAAUGCCAAAUGAAUCGACAAAGUAUUCACCAGCAAUGUUGUUAUUUGGUUAUGAGAUGAGAACGCCUUCCACUUGGCCAGCCCCACAGCGUGAUUACAUUGAAGGAGAAAUUAUUGAAGAAGUCGAACGAAGAACAAGAAUCAUCCAAUACUUAACAAGUACUCUACAUGCAAAGGCGAAGGAAACAGCUGAGAAGGAAAAGAAGAGGCAAAAGCAAAGAUACGAUCAAGAUGUACAUCUUCGACGUCGCUUCAAGUUAGGUGAACAGGUGCUCAUGAAGGAUAGUGCACCAGUUGGGAAGUUUUCUGAUCGGUGGAUUGGUCCACUCACGGUGACAAGGGUCAAUGAUAGUGGUACCUAUCAUUUACAAGGACCAGACAUGAGACGGCUACAAGGUGCAGUGAACGGGGAUAAAUUGGUGCCCUAUUAUCAGCACAAGCGAAUGAUUCCCGAUGUCCAAGUUCAACAAGCGGCUCAAAGAUUUGAAGCUUGGAUCGAUCGACACGAACCAAGGCAAUGA